CAUCAAUAGAAAAAGCAGUUUCUUUCCUUCUUCCUUUUUUCCCCUGCUUACACUGAAACACCGUUUUCAUUUUCAGUCCCCUAAAACCAAGUGCAAAGCUCUCCCUUUUAUCCCUUAUAAAACCCCAUCAUCAUAAACCUAAAUCCAAACCCUUUUUUCUCUUGGAUUCUCUCCUUUCCUCUCAUUUUCUUUGCCCACAAACACCCACCCACCCACAUGGAAGCUCUCAACUUUCUCAUGUUUUGGAGACCCACUUACUGCCCCCAGAAAGAGACCCAAAACAGAGAGAUUCCAAAUCCUUCCAUGGAAUCUGAGGAAGGAGACGAGUCCUUCUUCGACUUGGAGCUUUCUAUGGAUGAUCACGUCUGCCCAGAUUCCGGUGAAGGGAAACCGGUUAAGAGUGUCGGCGGUAAUGAGUUGAUCAGCUUUCUCCGGCCGACCCUUUCGCUGUCUCCUGGGGAUCAUUUCUCCAAAAGAAAAGUCAUGCCCAUUGAGCCCUGCUCCAAGCCUCAAUCGCCUAUUGCUCUUUUGAAGUCAUCACCCAAGUUCCGGGUUUUUACUCUCAGGAAGUCGACGAAAUCAAUGGCGACAAUGGAGAAAUCAGAGAAGACGGAGCUGACUAGAGUUUUGAAGGAGACUCUGAAGCAUGAGAAGCAAGGAAGUACGAAUCUUCCAAUAUUCAGCAGAGGAAACAGUUUGAGGAAAACAGAAGGAAUUUCUCAGAAGCAGAAAACAGAGGAAUUAUUCCGGGACGAUUCCUCGAAGAGAUUCUCCAAAGAUGUGAUUCAGAAAUACUUGAAUAGAUUUAAAGUGUCAAAAACGCAAACCGACAAGUUAAAAUUCUCCAGUGACAUAACAAUGCCAUCUCCGGCGUCUUCUCCGGCAGCGGUGCAUUCUUCAAAAGAGAAACAGGGCAACAUGCCAGCUGGGAUCCUGGGGGUGUACAAGCACUUGGGCAAGAGCAGAUCAGCCUCUGCCACGGCGUCUCCGGUGAGUCGGAGAGAUGAUUCCUUGCUGCUGCAGCAUGAUGGGAUCCAGAGCGCCAUUCUUCAUUGCAAGAAGUCUUUCAACUCAUCACGAGAAGCUGCUUCAUUCUUUUCAAGUGAUUCUUCUCUUGAGAAAUUAAGCAACGCAUCUUCUACAGAUUCUUCUAUGUUAUCAAGAAAUUCAAGCGAUUCUGCCUUCGAGAAACUCGGGUGAGGAAGGAAAUGGGUUCAAGAUUUGAAUCAAAACCUUCUCUGUUUCAAUUGAAGAAGGCGGGAAACACAGUUUCUUACGAAUGCUUAAGGAGUUGUUGGGAGAGGUAGGGUGGUUUGAGAUUUUUGAUUGAUGUAAAGGAGGAAAAGGGAAUGCUGGAUGUGGAUGUUGAAUGUUAGUUGUAGGUUAUGAUGGGAGAAGUGAAUAGAGUAGGGUAGGAAUCACUUGUAAAGUUGAUGGGUCAUAAUGAAAAACUUGAAAGAAAACUCUGUUUUGUAUCCUUGUGUUUGUGUGUUUGUUGGGCAGUUUUGACUAGUACACUGCAAUUGUAAAAUUUGGGUUUUGCAAUGUUCACGUCAAAAAGAUGUGCCAUAAAAUGUUAUCAGUAUG